AUGGCAAAAAAAAAAUCAAAUCUUGGUAGAUAUACUAUUAGUAAUAAAGCAACUCGGAGGAAACGUUUAGCCAAAAAAGCUGCUACCCAAAUGUCACCGGGAUGUGAUCGUAAAAAAAAAAUCGUGACUAUGAUGACCAACCAUGAUGAAGGGUAUAAAAAUAUGCUGGCUAGUUUCCGAACUAACGACUUGCAAACAUUAUUGGGAGCUUUUGGUCGAAAUAAAGCAGGACGAAAAUCUGAAUUAAAAGAUCGGGCACUUGAAUUAUUAAGAAAUAGACCAACUGGCUUUAACCACGCGGCAUAUGUAGCAAAAAUAUAUGAAAUAUAUCGUUCCAUGCAAACAGAUUUGCCUAAUAAUAAUGAUAUUAUGAUGCGCAGCAUAUUACAAACCCAACAGAGACAAAUGAUGACCAUGGGGCAGAUACAGGGUCCACAACAAAGAAUGUACCAACAACCACCACAAUAUUCUCAACAGCCAAUGCAUAUGACCCGAGCUGGAUUACCACAGGUUAUGCCCCAAAUUCAAAGAGGCAUUUAUAGUAAUUCCAUUGGAGCAAAUACUAUGGCUAACAAUAACAUUCAAUAUAUAUCGGGCAGUUAUCAGCCUUCUGGACCUCGUUCUAUUACGUCAUCUCAUUUGUCCUCAAGUCAACAAAUGAAUGUGGUGCCAGAUCCAUUGGGAUAUGAUAUGAAAGGAAUGCCAGUUGGAAAUAAUUCUUAUACUCCAUCUCCCGAAACUGUAGCCCGAAUCAAGUUCAAAAAGUUACCAUUUUAUGAGGUAAUUGACGAAAUUCAUAAGCCAACUUUUCUAGCUGGCACAGAAAGAUGUACAUUACAAAACAUUCCUAGAGGUAUGAAAGAAACACUAUUCAAAAUUGUUGUGUCAAUGGAGAAUGUCAAUUUGGUUGCCAUAAAUCGUGAUGUUUCCACAGGAAAAAAUGAUUAUAUUUAUCAGUUCCAGAUUCGAAUUAGUCAGUUAGUGGAACCUAUGACUAAUGAGGUAACAGAUUUUAUGCCUCUUGGACUGCACAUUCGGAUUGGUACUAAAGCAUGUCCAUUACCACCUACUGCUCCUAAUACUCGGCCAGGAGCUGAAUCCAGACGAUCUCCAAGACCUAUAAAUUGCACUCAACUUGUCAAACUUUCUCCAAUCACUCCCAACUUGAUCUAUAUAAAUUGGACUCCUGAUGGUAAGAAUUACGUUUUUGCUAUGUAUCUUGUAAAAAGAUUAACUUCAGAAACGUUGUUACAAAGACUUCAAGAUAAAGGAGGUAGGAGUUCAGAAGAGACAAAAAAUUAUAUAAUUAAAAAGUUAGCAGAUGUGGAUCCAGAUUUGGCCACUACAUCUUAUCGAUUUUCCUUGGUGUGUCCAUUGGGUAAAAUGAGAAUGAAGAUACCUGCAAAAUCUAUCCAUUGUGAUCAUUUACAAUGUUUUGAUGCUAGUACAUUUAUUUUAAUGAAUGAGAAAAAGCCAACAUGGAUGUGCCCAACUUGUAAUAAACCUUGUUUGUACGAUGACAUACAAAUAGAAAAUUAUUUUUUGGAAGUUGUUUCAAGUCCAACACUCAAAGACUGCAGUAAGGAAAUUGAAAUAUUAGCUGAUGGCACAUGGAUAGUUUAUGAAGAUAAUAAAGAGACAAAAACCACAAAUAGUACUCCUGAUGCAAAAUUAAAACCUAUUGAUUCUGUGGAUUUAGAUAGCGAUGAAGAAAAAUCUGUUGAUAUGAAAGAACUUAACCCUGAAACUGUCAAACGCCAAGAAAAUGAAAACUUGAACUUUGUCGAUUUGACAUUAAGUGACAAUGAAGAAGAACCACCAAAAGAAAAAGAUAAACAAGAAAAUGAGGCACAGGCCGCUGAUGCUAUACAACCAGUUGCUGUAGUUGAUUUAAAACCACAAGCUCAAGUACAACCGCAACAAGCUGUUACCAGUUCUGAGCAAGGAGUAGUAAUUGAAAUAGACAGUCCAUCCCCUCCUUCAAGUCCUAUCCCUACAACUGAAGCCUCCUAA